AUGGGGUCAAUACGGUUGAUGUUAUCAUCAACGUAUUUUGAAAAUUCUGGCCAUGCUGCUUUGCGCAGGUUCCAUCGAGGCAUAAAAGGUUUGUCUAUGGUUGGGAUUAUAAGACCGAUGGUCACGGUGGUUGGUAAGUGUUGGCUUCUUGGGAAAGAGUUUUUGAUUUCCCUGUUUACAGUUAGAGGUAGACCAUUAGAGUCCUCGGACACGAAACAGAGAUCCGGCGACGUCAUCGUGCCCCAUCUACCAGAUUUAAAAGUGCCUCCUUGUUUGGCAUCGUAG